AAAAAGUAUGAAAAAAAAGAAAUGUUAUUUUUUAAUUCAUUCAAAAGAAGAUUUAAAAAUUUUAUUCAUUAUAUUUAUUUAUAAUCUUUAUCUUAUUUUAAUUUUGUAAAGUAUAUUUUAUUUAAAUCUGAAAAAAAAAAACAAAAAAUUAAUUAAAUGCAAAAUCAAUCUUAGAAAAUUUUUAAAUGUUUUUUGGACAAUAAGAAUGAGUAUUUUUCCAUUAAUUGCAAUAUAGAUAAACCUGUUAAAUCUAAAGAACUUACUGAUUAUGAAAAAAAAAAAAAAAAUUAGAAUACUCUUAAUUCAAAUAAUUCACAAAAGAAGCUUGAAGAAAAUUAUUAGAGAUAUCUGCGAGAAAAUGAAAUUUAUUAAAAAUAGUAUACUGAUUUUACUAAAUAAAUGAACUCAUUCUUGAAUAAAUUGUUUUAAGAAAUAUUUUAAAAUGAAUAGUAAUUUGUUACCUUGGAAAAAAUAUAAUAUUAAGUUAAUGUCAUUUAAAAAAAUGUUUGUUUUUUAAUUGGUUCAAAUAUGUCUUGGGAUUAUGAAAAUUUAUUUAGAGAUAUGAAAUGUAAUAUCAGAUCUAAAUAGUAUAAGUUAGAUAAUUAUAGGAUAUAAGAAAGUCCUUUUAAAUAAGAAAAACUCAAAUUAAAAUUAAGAAUAGUAAAGCCUUUGAGUCAAAGAAAUGGAGACCGCAAAAAUAAUAAACUUGGCGAUUUUAUAUUGCUCCAAAUUAUAGAAAUAUAAAAUGAUUCUAAUUCUUAAUAAUUUAAUCCUAAUAAUUUAUAAUUUGAAAGAAAUUAAUAUGAUGAGGAAAAGGAAUAAAAUUAAAUGAUAGAUUUGGUUUCUGUAAAAUAAGAAGAAGUUGUAAAUUUGGAUGAAGAUAAAUAGCUUAAAAAUGAAGAUAAAAAAAUAUAUAACUCAUCUAUAUUAAAUACAUCUAAAGGAAUUACUAAAAAUAAAAAUGGAAGCUAUCCAAAUGAUGUUGAUUCACAUAUUUGUACUUAAACAUAAACAAUAAAUUAGGAUCAAUAAUAAAAAAUAUAGAAAAUAUAUAAUGCUGAUGAUAAAUAUAAUUCGUCUCAUAACUUAUCAAACCAAGAAUUAUGUUCUAAUUAUGAUACUAGCAAUAUAUAAUAAAGCUCUACCAAAAAUGAAUUCAAUAUAAAAUAAGAAUCAGACGAGGAAUAAAAUAUUUAUGAGUUUUUGAAAAAAGAAGAUUUAAUUUAAUUAUUAAAAGAGAAAGAUGCUUUAGACAAGCUUAAAUGGAUAUAAGAAGGGAUUGAAAAGGCAUAAAAUUUUAGGAAAGAUUUAAGAAAUUAAAAUAAUUGA